CUGAGUUUCGUUUUCCAGAGCGUUCAGUUGUAUCGAGCACCAACAGGUGUUAAAAACGUGUCUAAAAACGUACAGCGGUUUGCGAAAGACAAAUCGGUAAAAACAAAAAAAAACACAUAAAAAUAUAAAGCAAUAGAGAAAACAUUUGUGGAUUUAUAAUCAGUUAAAUACAUACAAAAAAGGAUAUAUCUAACUACUACUCAACAGCGUAGCAGCGUAUAUUAUAUAUAUAUAUUUCAAGUUUACACACGAUGGGUAACCAGCAUGCACUGGUGUUACUAGUGCUACUCGCGCUCGGCGCGGUCCAGCAGACAUUCACUAGCUCCUUGCAUACGGGAGAUUUGGCGGCUGAAAAGAUCAAUGCGUUGGGCAAUGACGACGAGGUGUUGAAGUUGGUGCAAGCCAAAGGUAUACGCAUUUCCACACCUAAAGUUAAGGAGAUACCAAUCACCUCCACAACAACAACAACGACAGAAACAGCAAAGCAAGAACUCAAUAAUGCGAUCGAUGACGACAAAGAAUCGUCCGAACACCAGCAAAUGAGCGAUGAGACGCUUAACGAUUUGAUUGAGGCAUCAAAACAUAGCGAAGCACUUGCCGAUGAUCCAAGAUUCAAUAAAAUGUUGCCCAAUAAAUUGAAGUCGGAGAAUGCCACCGUCACGAGUAAUAAGAGUGAAGAGAACUAUUAUGAUUAUGAUACGGAUGAUUAUGAUGAUGAGUACAAUUAUGAUGAUGAAGUUGCCGCAACAGAGUCUGCGCAAAAGUUGAAGAACAACAACAGCACAACUGUCAAGCCUAAUAGAGCGGUAAAUGCGGCGGCAAAGAACAGCAAGAAGGUAGAAAUGAAACCGAUUAAGGAAGAAAAAACGUCACCUUCCAAGCUUAAAGGCGAUACGCAAAUUGUCGAUAACAAACAACAACAGCAGAAUGCAAAGAAAAUCGAAGAUUUAGACGAAGAUGACUACGAUGAUGAUGAUGAAGAUGACGCUGAUGAGGAUGACAUUAACGAUGAGGAAGAGAUCGUUUACAAUCAGAAUGUGCCCUGUCCCAGGUACUGCGUCUGCGCACGUAAUGUCAAUAGCUAUUUGGUAGCGACUUGCAGUCGUUUCGAUCCCGAAACACAGAAAUUCGGUUCGGAUAUUACCGAUUUGAUUGUAACCGAUGUCGGUCCGAAAUAUCCCAUCUUGUUGGGUCCCGAAUUCUUCCUGCAAAUGGGCCUUAAAUACGUGUCAUCCAUUAAAAUCUCAAAUUGCACCAUUGAAUUCCUGCAUUCCGAUGCCUUCCACGGUUUGGACGAACUGUACUCGGUGAAUUUGACAAAUGUCGGUUUGACUGUGAUCAAUCCAAAUACUUUCUCCAAGAAUAAGAAAUUGCGUUUGUUGACCAUCUCAGGCAAUGACUUGAGCGUUAUGUCUAACGUACAUUUCCUACUGAAUUCCUCGAGCAUUGAGGAGCUGGAUUUGUCACGUAACAAUCUGAUGGAAUUACAUCCACAAGCAUUCUCUAAACUCUCCAAUGUCGUAUAUAUUAAUCUAUCGCAGAACAACCUGGAAAAGAUUCCCGACCAUGUGUUCGACUCUGUAGAGACCAUUGAAGAAUUGGAUUUGUCGUACAAUGCUUUGAAAACUCUACCCGCCAACGUCUUCAAUCGCACUACGCUCGCUAUCUUACAUCUGAAAUACAACUCCAUCACCGGUGACUUGCACUUUGGUAAUGAUGAUUUGCAGCAACUCGAUUUGAGCUUUAACAACAUCAAACACGUGCACCACGGCAUGUUCGACCGCAUGACUGGUCUGACCAAUCUCAACCUCAAGGGUAAUGGUAUUACGAAAAUCCAAGCCGACUCUUUCUUGGCACUGAAGCGUUUGCGUCACAUUGAUUUGUCCAUCAACGACUUGGAUCAAGUAUCUAGCAUGAUCUUCUACAAGAACUCCGAAUUGGAUGUCAUACGUUUGAAUGACAAUCCACGUCUUAGCCAACUGCCCACCGAUGGUUUCCUCAGCUACAACGGUUUAUUCACCGUAUAUUUCUUGGAUAUCUCGAACUGUGCUAUUGGUGCGCUCGGCCACAAGACAUUCUCCACAAUGCCACAUUUGGCCAAGCUGAAACUAGCUUGGAACAAUAUCAACAAUUUGGAACGCGACACUUUCAUCAGUCUGAACAAGUUAACCGAACUGGAUUUGAGCAACAAUCUCAUUGCACGUCUCGAUGAACUGCUCUUCAUGAAUAACAAUGAAUUGACGAAGUUAAAUCUCGCUGGUAAUCCAAUACGUAAAUUGUCGGUGCGUCUCUUCAUGCCGCUGGCUAAACUACAAGAAUUGGAUGUCAGCGAUUGCGAACUGUCCUCACUACUCUCGGAGAACCAAUAUGGCAUGGGACGUAAAUAUAAAUUCUACGAUACUUUGCGCAGCUUCAAUGCCUCAUCCAAUCAAAUCAAACGUAUUUCAUCCGGCGAUGUGCGCAGCUUUAAGAAUCUACACACCUUGGAUAUUGCACACAAUCCACUCAAAUGUAGCGAAGACUUCCAAGACUUCAUCAGCUAUGUAUCGCUUCGCCCCUACUUGGGACCCAACAAAUUGCCAACACACGCCGAACUUGAGGGUGACGCCAGCCUUGUCGAAUUCCAGCCACAUGCCGAUUGGGCUGCGUUGGCGCAUGAAGUGUGUCGCCAUCAAGAAGAAGGCACCGUAAGCAAACCCAAAGAGAAGAGCUUGGAGAAACGUAUCGAACAAGCAGACAAAGUACUCGAUAGCGAUGCCAAGAGUUUGUGGAAGAUCGUGGAGAACACCAAAAUAAACAACAAACAUAAAAUACUGAAGGACACAGAGCAGAGUGAUAUUGCCGGCAAUUUGGAUGAUGAGAGCGCCGAAGAGGAUGAGAACACAGCCGAAGAGGACAAGGAUGACGAGGAUGAUGGUGAAGAUAACGAUAGCGAGUACGAUGAGGAUGACGACGAUGAGGACGAUGACGAUGAUGAUGACGCAAACGACAAUGGUAAGCAGAAGAACAAUGCUGAGAACGAAAAGAAGAUUGACAUUACGAAGUUGCAUGACUUUGGUGUGCGUGUCGAAGAGGUGGAUCUAAACAAGGAGACCAAAGAUCAAUUCCUGUUGAACAAAUUCUUAAUGGACGGCGAUGACUCGAGCGAAAAUGACCCCGAAGAGGAGAUCAUUAUUGAGCGUGGACGCAUCUACUACGAAGGCUAUAAAUUCCUUAUACCAAUCAUUGUGAUCAUCACAUGUCUGCUCAUACUCAUGCUGGUGCUCGUCAAGAUUGUGUCGAUUGUGCUGCGCAAGCGUGGCGAACGUUAUCGCAUGGCGUUGUUGGCCUCCUCCAACAAUUCGAUUGUCUAUCAAAAACUAUCGGAAGAAAUCAAGCCGAAAGUGAAGGAGCCGAAGAUACCCAAGGUGCAUCGUUAUGCGCCCAUCAAUCAGGUCUAAGCCAACAUAGGCGAGCACAAGCAUACACCCAUGUAGUGUAGUGUAUGUCAAGUGGGUGUGACGCAGAGACGCGCACAGCAAUUGCAGCUGUUAGGAAUGCUUUUGUAUGAGUGUGAAAUGGGAAUGGCAGUUGUGAAACACAGACUCAACAACAAACACAAUCACUUGUUAUAUUAAAAUGUUUUAAUUUUAAGCGAAAAUAAAUAUUUAAAAGUGAAACAUGAAAAAUAGUUAAAUGCAAAAAAAACACAGAAAGACACACACACACAAACAAUAAACGAAAAUAAGAAAAGAAAAAUGAAAUUAAAAAAAAAAAAUCAUGUGAAAUUUCGUGAGUAGGCGGGAACAAAGUAUUAAUACCGAAUUAAACUUAAAUACAAAAUAAAAUAUUUAACGCUGCUAAAAAAUAGUACUUAACUAAGCUUAAACAAUGGGAAAUAGCACAACGGAAAUAGAGAACGGUUAAUUAUGCAUUUUUUCGGUUCCCAAGCAUGACUAACUUCUCUAACAACAACUAACAAAAACGAGCAAUGGCAGAAAGUGAACAAAGUUGGAUUAUAAUGCAUUUCAAUUAAAAGUGUAAAAUUAAAAAAAAAAUAAUUU